CGAGGACUUCCUAAAAUGUCGCAAUAAAUGGUGACAGCUGACUUUGUGCGAUCGUCUCAUGAAGGAAGGAAGAGUGGAUUGGCAAAUUUGGGUCUGUCCUAUGGACUGGACGUGGCAGGGUGUUUUAUCACGUGAUGAGUCGCCAACCACCGGCGCUUUUGCUUAUUGUUAGGCUGGAUGACUAGGACUCUCACUGCCGCUAUGAAUGGGACGAUACGCUCCGAGCGGCCCGCGGGCUUCAGCAAAAGGAUCCUGGUAACCGGAGGGGCGGGCUUCAUAGCAUCUCACAUGAUAAUAUCCCUGGUUGAAAACUAUCCUGACUAUCUUAUUAUUAACCUAGAUAAGCUUGAUUAUUGUGCCAGUUUGAAGAAUCUGGAAUCUGUUUCCAGUCAUCCAAACUAUACGUUCAUACAGGGUGAUAUCUGUGACUCUGAUUUCAUGAAACUUAUUUUUCAAAGAGAAAAUAUUAAUAUUGUCUUGCAUUUUGCAGCACAGACCCAUGUAGAUCUUUCAUUUUUCCAGUCCUUUAAAUUUGCCUAUGUGAACACUUAUGGCACGAACAUCCUGUUAAAUGCAGCCCAUGGCCAUGGAGCCGGAGUUGAAAAGUUUGUGUAUAUAAGUACAGAUGAAGUGUAUGGAGGUAGCCUUAAUGAAGAAUUUGAUGAAACUUCUCCAAAACGGCCAACCAACCCAUAUGCCUCAUCCAAAGCAGCUGCAGAAAGUUUUGUACUGUCUUUCUGGGAACGACACAAGUUUCCAGUUGUAAUUACCAGAAGUAGCAAUGUUUAUGGACCACAUCAAUAUCCAGAGAAGGUAAUUCCAAAAUUCAUAUCAUUGUUGCAGCAGAACCAAAAAUGCUGUAUACAUGGGAGUGGAAGGCAGACCAGACAUUUUCUUUAUGCCUCGGAUAUGGUGGAAGCACUGAUGACCAUCCUCACGAGGGGAAAAACUGGAGAAGUUUACAACAUUGGUGCAAGUUUUGAAAUCUCAGUAUCUGAGCUAGCCAGAGAGCUAAUUCAAACAAUAAAAAACACAGAGUCUGAAUCCGAACUCAACAACUGGCUUGUUUAUGUGAAGGACAGGCCUGUCAAUGAUCUGCGUUACCCUAUGAAGUCAGAAAAGAUGCACAGUUUAGGAUGGAGACCUAAGGUUCAAUGGAAGGAAGGUAUUCAGAGAACUAUUGAAUGGUAUAAAGAUAAUUUCCACAACUGGCAGAAUGCUGAGCAUGCACUGGAGCCAUUUCUGCAUGAUGCAUAGGGUACAGUGUCCAGAAGCAGGGGAAGGAGAAGAUGAACAUGGAAACAUGAAGCACCAGAAAUGUUUCUUUCUCUUGCAGUAAUGAAGGGUAGAAAGAACAGCAGGAACUACUUGCAUUUGUAAUUAAGUUCGGUUUACCGAACAUUUUAUUCUUUGUACUUUUGUAAUUUAUAGACUUCUAAAUACUAUAUAUUUUAUUUAUGCCUGAAAAUCAUUUUGGGAGUACUGUAUUUAUAGAUGAGAUGAAUUCCUUUUUGGCUCUUGUUUCUUGUGCAGCAAUGCCCAACCUGUUGCUCUUCACCAUUUGUGGAACUACAGGGUCCAGAGGUUUGUAUUAGAAUAGUAACAGGGCCACAAGUUGGAAAUACCAGUGAUGUGAAUUGGAUCUAAUCACCGUUGUUAAUCUUGAAUGAAAAGCUUUAUAAUUCCAUUACAUAUUACCAUAUAAAUUUAUGGAGCUCCCUAUUUCCAUAAAUACAUAUUUCCAGCUGGUGCAUGGAAGUAAAGUUAUAUUUACUAUGUAAUGCAGAUUUUAUACCAUACAGUGUAAAUGGUUAAUUCUAUCAGUUGAUGUAUGUGUGCUUAUGUCGCUGCCAACGUUAAGGUUUAUAUUUUCAACAUACUAUAUAUCUUUUUUUUUUUAUAAAACUGUAUUUCACACUUUGUUUCUUUAAAACAGUUAUUUGCCCAGCACUUGAAGUUCCUCUGGCCUGGAUUUAACGAAUAGGGAACGAUUGUUAGCCAAAAUGUUAGGCACCCCACAGUGCAUUAAAUCACUAAGUAAUUUCUACCCAUGUCACUGCUCCAUUUCAAAAAAUAUGCAACGGCCUUGGGAUAUUUCUAAUGAAGUGCCGUUUUUACUUCUGAUUCCCAGUGAUCCCUUGCGUAUUCCUGGGCCUGUGCAUUUGCUUACUAAAAUCGGAAAAAUUAACUAUACUGUGAAAGCCCAAGCCUGCUCAAGGAUUACCAACAAUAGAAGGAAGAUGGUAGCCCAGCACCUCCUCAGAAAGAUCUUGAUGCAUGUCACCAGCCUGGGAAAACCUUGUAUUUACUUGGUGGUGGGGAGGGUGCCUAAUGUUUUGGCAGUCGACAGUGAAUUAUUAUUUUCUUGUCCUUUAAGAAAAGCGUCUUUUGCAUUUUUGAGAAGUUGUUCAAUGUGCUUUUUCCUGGCUCUAACAAUGCCAAACGAACAAAUGUAGCUUUUAAAAUUACAAUUGUAUGGAUCAGCUGUGAGUUAAAUGUAUUUUUCUAAUCAAUGUGUUUUUUGUAUUCUUUGAUGCUCUACUACAUACUAAGUGCAUUCCUUCUUAAUAAAACCUUAACCUUUAAUUUUA